AUUCUUAUUUCAUUCAAAUUACUUUUUCAAUAAUGAGUAGAUCCAACGAUUCUAUAAAAGAAAUAUAUAAUAAUGGAAUGAUGGAUGAACGUAUCAAUAAGUUAUCAAUGAAAACCUCCUCUUAUAAUCGUAAAGAAUCUAUAACGAAAGACUCAUCAAUCAAUAAUGCGUUAACAUGUUAUAUGAAAAAGACAAAUAGUGGCAUUAGUUUAUAUACACACGUUUACAAUUUGUUGGAAAAAUUCAUAUUUGAGCGUCCUCCAAAUCCAGUGUUACUUUUUGAAUAUUAUAGCGAAAAAUUGAAAGAACAAUAUUGUAAUUCGCAAUAUGGUUUAAGUACAACUCUGUUAAACAACAUUGACUACAACGCUUGUAAAAAUGUAACCGAUUUAUUCAAAGAUAUAAAAAAAUCAAGACAAAGAAAAAAUGGUUCAUAUAUUAAUCACUCAGGUGAACUUGAUGCUACAUAUGAAUAUGAGGAUGGAGAAUUUGUUAGUGACUUCUCAAAUCAAAUUAAAAACGUCCAAGAAUUAUCGCAGUCAAAUAAGGUAUUUGACAAAGCUGGUUAUGGGUUAACUAUUGAAGAGGUAGAAAUAAUAAAGGCAACAAUGGACGAGUUAAUACAAUCUGGAAAAAUAGCUAGUAUAAGGUUCUGGGGAAUUAUUUUUGGUUUAAAACGUAACUACUACGUACUAGAGUGUGAAUGGCAAGAAGAAGAAAUAGAAAGAAGAAUACAGAUAAAUUUAGAUGAAAAUCAUAAAAAAAAAAUCACUAAGGAUUAUAGAAAAAUACAGGAGGUUGAAAUGUUUGAAGACGAACAGGGAAUUGAAUUGUUAAUGUUGUCCAAUGAAUUAGAAGACGAAAUAUAUAAUCCCGAAGAAAGAAUCUCAAAAUAUAUUUCGAAGGGAAAAUCUAAAUUGGCAAACUCGGAAUCUCUAAUUGAUGAUUAUCAUCAUCUAUCAUACAUUAAAGAAUUAAAUGUUCAGAAAUCUACAAAAAUCAAACCUGAAACUUUGGGAUGUGGCACUAACAAAAAAACAUAUUACGUGUCUAACCAACCAAGUGGAGAGUGGAUUGAAUUACCUCUUCUAAAACCUCAUCAUGUUGUACAAUCUCGAAACAUUAAACGAUAUUUUACUGGUAAUUUGGAGACGCCGAUUAAUUGUUAUCCUGAGUUUGACGGACUUGAAAAACAUUAUCUUCGAGCUCAAAUAGCAAGGAUAUCGGCUGCUACACAAAUUUCACCGAUUGGAUUUUUUAUUCAUAAUAAAAGUGAACUAACACCAAAUAUUUUAACAUCAUUACUCAAAAAAGCACACUCCGUAUAUCAUCAAAGAAUUUUGUUUAAGUCGUUUUACGGAUAUUCAGCCAAUAACGAUUAUAAAAGUUUACCUAUCUAUGAUCUUUUUAAUUUAGUAAACUGGGUACAUCAUAUUCCCAUGAUAAACAAUGAUGGGGUUACUGAAGUUUGGUUGAAAAUUCAGUCAUCGAUAAAAAAAAAUCAAUUAUUUGAAGACGAAGAAGCUUUAAUAGAUAGUUAUGAGAGACAUAAUUUUGAUAGCCAAGAUACUAGUGUCGAUAAGAGAUUAUUAACACCAGAUAUAAAUACCUUCGUUGGAGUUGGGCCGGAUGUUUUUUUCAACCUUACAGAUGAUGAUUAUGUAGGGAAUUUGCCACCUUGGAACAUAGAGUUAACAAAUAAAUUUGAUCAUAGUGCUUCUUUUGUUGUUGUCAAGUCGAACAUAUGGCCGGGUGCAGUGGCAAUUACCCGAGAUAAUAUUUUAGAUUACACAUAUCGUGGUUGGGGUGUACAGAGUGAUAUCGUAUAUUUUAGUCCUUUUAUCCCAGAUGAAUAUCAAGAUGAGUGUUUAAACUGUAAUACUAUUGAAGUAAAAGACCCAACUUACGAAGAUGAAUUAUUUGUAAUUAAAGAAGCAAAAUUAUUGCGACAGAAACGCUUAGUACUCAAUACAUCAACAGAUUAUGUAGAAACAGAAGAAAGACUAAUUCAAAAUUAUUCUUAUGAUUGAUUAUAU